AUGAGAAAUAUUGAAGAUAUACCAUCCAAAUCACAAUUAAUUGCCCACCGUCCAAGAGGUUUAAUCAAUACUUCAAAUACAUGUUUUAUGAAUGUAAUUCUUCAAUCGUUAACAGGUUGUCAAUUAUUCUUAAAAGUUAUUAAAAAUAUUCAAGAUUUAGACAAUUUACAUAUUUAUCCAACUUUAAAUAGUUUUAAUCAAUUUUAUGCAGAGUAUUUUUCAACAGCCUCAACUUCAACAACAUCACCUACUUCACCAUUGAAAACCAAUGGCAAUAGUGUUACCUCACCACCAUUAUCAUCUUCACCAUCAUCAUCAACAUCAUCAACAGCUUCUUUACAACAAUCACAAAUAUUAAAUCAACUACCAAUUAAUCCAAAAUACUUUAAUGAUAUAGUGAAAAGUUUUAAUUCAAAGGUUUCACCACCAUCACCCCAAAUUAUCUCACCACCACUUUUAAAUACAAUGGCUCAGGUUUCAAAAAAGAAACUUAAACUUCACUUUUUAAAUAGCUCAUUACCACUCGCUACAAUUUGUCAACAAGAUGCUCAAGAAUUUUUAGUAUUCUUACUCGAUUUAAUUAAUGAAGAGUUUUUAACUUUAUUAAAAGAUAUUGAUAUUAAAGAUGAAGAAAAAUCAUUAUUAUCCCCAUCAUCAUCAUCAUCAUCAUCAUCAUCAAAAGAUAGUUCUGAAUUAAACAGUGAUGAUUGGGAAGUUGUUGGUAAAAAUGGCAAAACUGCAGUUUUUACAAAUAGCCAACAAGAAUUACCAAAAACACCAAUAUCACAAAUCUUUUCAGGUGUUUUAAGAAGUAGCUUCAAUAGAACAGGCCAAAAAGAAUCAAUUACAGUCGAGCCAUUUUAUUGUUUACAUUUGGAUAUUAGACCAGAAGAAAUUAACAGUUUAGAGGAUGCAUUAAAAUUCUUUAUGAAGCCAGAAAUUAUUGAGGACUAUACUUGCCCAAAUAAGAAAACUGAGAUCACAGCUUCAAAGUCAUGGUCAUUUGAAUCUCUCCCAAGAAUUUUAAUAAUCCAUUUAAAGAGAUUUGCAUUUGAAAGUGAUGCCUCAAGAAAAUUAGAUAAGAAAAUUAGUUUCCCAACCCAAUUACCAAUCACAACAGCAAACUCUGUUCAUAAAAAAUAUUCACUUCUUUCCGUCGUUAGCCACCACGGUAGAGGUUUAUCCCAAGGCCAUUACACUUGCGAUAUUUUCGAACAACAAAAAAAUAUUUGGAUUAGAUACGAUGAUGCUCAAAUUAUUAACGAUAUAAAAGAGAAAGAUGUCCUCGAAAGAGAAGCUUACCUUUUAUUAUAUCAAAUUAAUAAUUAAUAAAUAAAUAAUAAAUAAUAAAUAAUAACAAAAACUAUAAUAAUAAUAAUAAUAAUAAUGAUAAUAGAUAUUUUUUUAAUUUUAAUAUUUAAAAAAAAAGAACACACAAAUAAUAAUCAAUUUACAUUAACCAUAUAAUAAUUAAUAAUUUAUAUUUUAAUUAAUAAUAAUUAUAAUUAUAAAUAAAAUAUUUAAUUG